ACAUGGAUUCUGGUGUGGUCAUGCUCGAGGCUGAGAGACAGAGCUGUGCUGGCCAGCUGCUGCUGAGACAGCAGUGGAGGGCUUUGCGCUGGUGAUAGUUGUUCUCUUAUGGACUCGAAGCUUAAUGAUGUAUUUUGUGAUUUCAGCUAUGAAAGCUCAAAUCGAAAUAAUUCCCUGCAAGAUUUGUGGAGACAAAUCAUCAGGCAUCCAUUACGGCGUGAUAACAUGUGAAGGCUGUAAGGGCUUCUUCAGGAGGAGUCAGCAGAGCAAUGCAGCCUACUCCUGCCCCCGUCAGAAGAACUGCCUCAUCGACCGCACCAGCCGCAACCGCUGCCAGCACUGCCGGCUGCAGAAGUGCCUGGCAGUGGGCAUGUCACGAGAUGCGGUGAAGUUUGGCCGCAUGUCGAAGAAGCAGCGAGACAGCCUGUACGCUGAGGUCCAGAAGCACCGGCUGCAGCAGCAGCAGCAGCGUGACCACCAACAACAGCCUGGAGAGGCGGAGCCGCUCACACCUAGCUAUGGCCUCUCAGCCAAUGGCCUCACUGAGCUCCAUGACGACCUCAGCGGCUACAUGGAUGGUCACACCCCUGACGGCAGCAAACCAGACUCGGCGGUCAGCAGCUUCUACCUGGACAUCCAGCCAUCUCCUGACCAGUCAGGCCUGGACAUCAACGGCAUCAAGCCGGAGCCCAUCUGCGACUUCGCCCCUGGCUCUGGCUUCUUCCCUUACUGCUCCUUCACCAACGGAGAAACCUCCCCCACCGUGUCCAUGGCUGAACUAGAGCACCUGGCCCAGAACAUCUCCAAGUCACACAUGGAGACAUGUCAGUACCUGAGGGAGGAGCUGCAGCAGAUGACCUGGCAGGCCUUCCUGCAGGAGGAGGUCGAGAGUUACCAGAGCAAGCCCCGGGAAGUCAUGUGGCAGCUGUGUGCUAUCAAAAUAACAGAGGCCAUUCAGUAUGUGGUGGAGUUCGCCAAGCGCAUCGACGGCUUCAUGGAGCUGUGUCAGAAUGAUCAGAUAGUGCUGCUGAAAGCAGGCUCUUUGGAAGUUGUGUUUGUCAGAAUGUGCCGUGCCUUUGACUCGCAAAACAACACAGUCUAUUUUGAUGGAAAGUAUGCCGGACCUGAUGUGUUCAAGUCAUUAGGCUGUGACGACUUGAUCAGCUCCGUCUUCGAGUUUGGGAAAAACUUGUGUUCUAUGCACCUGUCUGAGGAUGAGAUCGCCCUGUUCUCCGCCUUUGUGUUGAUGUCUGCUGACCGAUCUUGGCUCCAGGAGAAGGUGAAGGUGGAGAAACUCCAGCAGAAGAUUCAACUGGCCCUCCAGCAUGUCCUGCAGAAGAACCACAGAGAGGAUGGUAUACUUACAAAGUUGAUAUGCAAAGUGUCGACACUGCGAGCGCUGUGCAGUAGGCAUACAGAGAAGCUUACAGCUUUCAAAGCAAUAUAUCCAGACAUUGUGCGUGCCCACUUCCCCCCCUUAUACAAGGAGCUGUUCGGAUCAGACUUUGAGCAGUCCAUGCCCGUUGACGGGUAGCAGCCCUGCCAGGUGCCAGUGUGCCCACCGUAGGGGAAUGUGGAGGAGGAAUCUCAGACACUUUAUUGGUGCCCUGCACAAAACCAGAGCGGACAGAUGGCACGUUGUUCAACUUCUUUUUUUUACUUUGAAGGGGAGGGCUUAGGGAGUUGAUUCUCAAGGUUUACUUUAUUGAAUUUAGUCCUCUUUGGAAGACUUGUGGGACCCGACACCCCACGGGACACGAAGAGGAGAUAGGGACAAAUGAUUUCUGUCUGGUUGAACUUGACCCUCUUUUGCGCAUUUCUAUCAUGAUUCACUUCAUUUCAUUCAUUCAUUCAUUUUAUGCAUCGCCGUUGUUAUGAUUUACCUGUACAUCUGACUGGUAAUCACAUAAACAAUUACUGAGUCACUUUUGGAAUUUAAAAAUAGCUGAAGACGUCUUCAAUUUGAAGAUAAAUCCGCAUCAGUAUUACUUUUCAGAUUACAUUCCCAAAACAGUUUUAGUAUUUUCACAUUCAGAACUUCUAAUAGUCUUAUCGCUAUCUUCCCAAAUGGAAAUAAACAGCUGACAAAUGCGCACAUUUUGGUCAAGUUCAGCCCUUUUUCUCUUGUGUUCAGUCGUAUCUUUUGGAUGCCGUUCUUGGAUUGAAAACUCACAGCGACUUUGAGGGGAGGGUCUGUCGGCAUGGUGAUGCAAUCGACACCUCUCUAUGGACAAUCUAAAAAAAAAAGAAGAAAAAAAUGAAUCAUAGAAUUCUGGUAAUUCUAAUGAAAACGCAAUGAUUUUAGCUGUCAAAGACUCCAUCCACCAUUGUUGCAUAGUGAAAUCAUGUAAGGCCAUCUGCUAUUAAUCCUUCUCUGGACAGGUGCCCUGGAGAAGCACAGGGCACCAACACAAUGAAAAGGGUCCAUUCCACCUGUUUUAUAAUGUACUACAGGGUAUAUGGUCAUAAGUACUUACUAUACAGAAAAAAAUAAAUGUUUAUAGAAUCUAUUUUAAAUAACAUGUAUGAUAUUAGUAGUUAGACCAUUCUUAAUUGUUGAAUUGAUAAGGCACUUUUAUUUACACCUUUCUUUAAUUUAAGACUCGUAUAUUUACCUAGUGAUGUGUUGCAUGUGCACAAGAAAUACAAGUUGAACCAUUGCCACAGAGGCUAGUCCUGGGAGCUGCAGAUGAUACUGGUCUGGAAGUGUAAGGGCUGUCUGUUAGGAUUGCUGGCGAGGCUGCUGGUUGGUGAACAAAGAGGCUCGGAUGAGAAGGCAGGUGAGAGGAGCUCUGUCGCCUGUUACCUCAUCAGCAUGACACCUGUCAAAAUGUGGCUCUGAUACUCCUUUGAGAGAGAGUGCACACAUACAACAAGCUACAAACUUGUAUUUAUGACAUUCAAGUCUCUUGGCUUUCUUGACGUUUGUUAUGAACAGACCUGGAUUGAACAGCUAAAAAAAAUGAAAGUAUUGUUUGUUGAAACAUUUGCAAUACACCGUCGUUCAUAUACGACUAAUUUAACUUUGAAAAAAGUCACGUAUUAUGUAAAGAAGGCCACAUGAAAACAGAAAUGAAACAGCGCAGCCAGGUUUUAAGCUCCACACAGAGACUGUGAUCCAAUUGUUCCAUCUAGUGGAAGGUGAAGACACAGCAAGCAAGUUGACGGCCCAAUGACAAAGAUAUGAAGUCUAACCUAAAAGCACACUCUGUCAAACUGUUAAGAUUAUUUUGUCUUUAUCUGCCUUCUCACCUCAACCUCAGCCUCAGCAACGCCACAACAGGACACAGAAGGAACAGUGAAGGGAAAGUGAAUAUUCAAAGCCUUGUCUGGUAGUAAAGCUUCUAUUUUUGUAACAUGUUUCGGUUAAAAAACUCAUGAAAGAGAACGAGGGAGAGAAAAAGAUGUCAGGUAGCACUUAACUAUAUUCCUGCAAUAAUUAGGAUAGCUGUUGUUUGUAUGAUUAGGGGAGAAACAUAAAAAUGGUAGGACAAGUGCUAUUUUCAGAAUGCUUUGUUGUUGUGCUUCUGUUUUGUUGAGUGUGUCUUUCUUGUCAGUGUGGUAGUAAAGUGGUAGAAAAAACCCUGGAUGUGCCAAACAGUAGUCGUUGCGUCCGCUUUCCAGUCUACUCGUCUAUAAUGUAGAAUGGAUUCCUAAGACAUUCCAGCGAUCUCGGUAGCGGCUUCUAGAAAUAUCUUUCAAAAAAGAAAAAAAAAGAAAAAAAUGAUAUCCCUUUAGAAACCCAACAAAGCAUGUUGAUACAUCUGUCACCAACCGUAACAUAGAAUCCAGUUGUUUGUCUUUUGUUUUCUGUUUGCACACUAUCAUUCCUCAGCCGUGCAAUUUGUACAAGGUGUUACCACCUUGUGCUGUCACCCCUCAGGGAAGAGUUUCUUUUGCGCUUUCGGUUUGAGAGGACAUUUGUUUGUACUCAUUAGGUUUAGUUUGUGUGUUGUUUUUUUUUGUCAGGGAUGUUCCAUGAGAAAUGGUUGAGAUUUCACAUUUGAAUAUUCAUCCGAUCUUUUAAUUAUCGAUGUCCUUUCGGGGCCCCCAGCCACUCAAAGACCACUGCGCCCCUUUGGUCAAGUUCAAGAAAAAAAAAAUCUCAUUUGUAUAAACAACAAACCCCAUCACUUUUAGAAACCAAACAAUUUUAUCAGUACACAGCAUAUUUCCUGUCACACACAAAAAAAAAAUCAGUUUUGGUUUCAAACGGUGUCAUCAGGGUCUUUAAAAAUGAUUACCCUCUUUGUUAGAAAAACCAAAUAUUCUUAUGCAAUACUAAAUCUGUUGUGUUUGGGUUGUAGUAGAUAUGCUGUACCGAAGUAAUAAUCUCUGUUAUGAUCCAACGCUAUUUGGAUAUGCACAAGCCCUCUACGACUAGUAAACCUCAGUCUCCCAGCAAAAGAAACCCAGUCUGGAACACUGCUAGACAAUCCAGGUUGAGAGGCCCAGCGGCCCAGCGAGAGCAGCGAACGAGGACGAGGUGUGAACGCUCAGGGAGGUAACAGGUAGACCGAAGAAGCAGCUCGUUUUCCUCUGGACAGUUGCAAAGCAUUUGAUUAGCUCUCAUGCGAAUUUAUGAGAUCUUUAAAAAAUCUCUUUAAAGCACCCGAUUGAUGAGAGGAGGGGGCUUAGCACACUGAACAUGCAGAGCAUCGAGCACUUACUGUUCAGAAAAUUAUCGAGAGAUGGAGCUUUGGCUGAUAUCCUGUUAUUUAUUUGAAGAAGAAAAAAUGAUUCCAUUUUCUUAAAGCUGUUAUAAUAUCGCUUGAUGGUCGCAUAAAAACAAUUCAGUAUUUUUCUCAAAUAUGAUCAGCUAAGGUCUACCACCAAAACGGUUCUUCUCUCAUAAAGUGAAAAUGUGUUUUUCAUUUUUGCGAGUGGCACGUAUUGUGUUCUACAAUACAAAACAAGCAAUAUGCCUUGUGUUACAAUUACGGGUCUCUACAGUGCAGUUAUCAUCCUUUUUGAAUUGGCUUUAUUCGUUCAGCUGACUCAAACUGAUGACGUGAACUCUUAGUCCAGAACAAAAGCCCCGUCACUCUGUUUUCAUCUUCUGUACUAGUAUGGUUGCGAUAUUGGCAGGAUAGCAGAACACGGUCAUCAUACACAUGAAUUAUUGUGUCUAACUAUAAACUGCGCCUUCACACAGGCCUGUAAAGUGAUGUCCUUCUGUAUAUUCUCACUUGAUAUGUCCCAGUUUAAGUAAGGGAUUGAUGCUAAGUGUGCUCUUCAAUCAGUGUAUAGUAAACAGUCAAAUGUGCUGGUCCUUCUGUCUCUGCUCUGUUGUCUGUUUGUACAAAGCAAUAGUGUGUAUGUGUGUAUGUGUGUAUGCGUGUAUGUGUUUGUUCUCACAGUGUGUGAAUAAAAUAAACCCCAGACAAGGCUUUAAUAAUUACAAAGGAACAGGGUUAUGUGGACGAGGAUUUUAUUUUGGUCUUUUUUUAUUUAUUUUUUAUGAAAGGUUUUGGAAAUGCCAAGCUUGAUCCAUCCAUAUUAGGUGUAGGUUUUAAAAGCAUGACAUAAUGCCUUCAACAAUUCAUAGGUCUGCAGAAUGCUGGGAGGCAACAUUGACCAGCUUCACAGCGAAAACAUGCUUCGCUAUCAUUUCGAACAUGCGCGGCUACGGCCGGAGAUGAAUUGAAAUGAAAUCUGGACUGUACAUUUUGAAAAUGAGUCUUCUCGGCCAUAAAUUGUGAAGAUCAGUGUUAUGUCACGCUUAAAGAUGUGCUGGAGUGUCGGUGUGUUACCCCGAAUUAUGAGUCAGUCAUCACAUUUUAAGAUAAGUCAUUUUCCAAAGCACAGCUGAUAAGGAUUUAUGAUUAAAAAUACGUUUAAGAAUAUAGUAAAACAAAAAAAUGAAAAGAAACUUUUAGCCAUAAUCGAAUGUCAAGCAAUAAUAUAUGUCUGUAUUAUUUUUGAUUCUUUUGUGCACAAUAGUCUUUGAACAUCUGCAUGUAAAUACACCUCUUAUUUAUCACUUUUUGGUUUACUUUGUGUUGAUUCUGUGGAUGUUUUUAUGUUCCAUCUGUAUAUUUGACCAGUUCUGUUCCCAGGUGGAGAACUAAGAACUUAUUUUCUCACUCUUUCUCUCUCCCUCAUUCUCAGCCAUUUAUUCACCAUAUUUAAUGUUAUUAUUGAUCACAUGUAUAAAGGUAGCUUUGAAAUUUCUGACUGUAUAGGUAAGAGGAAAAUACUGCUACUAAGGCCUACCCAGUGAAACUAUUUAUCUGUUUAUCAAUUACACCCUAUUGUACGAUAACUCUCUAGUUUCUAGUUUGCUUCCCUCCUUUAGGAUUAGUUUGAUAGAGAUAGGGUGUGCUGACAUUUAUUUUGUGUUGCCCUGAUGUGUGGUGCUAGGUAAGUUAAUUUUGUGAACAAAGUAUUGAUUCCUAAGCCUGCCCGCCCUAUUAGGCCGUUCAUGUCAUUGCAUAUUAAUGUAUUAUUGAUAUUAGGACUCAAUAAAUAAUAAUAAAAAUGAUAGUGGUAAAAUUACCCGGCCAGUACCUGUAUCAGUGUGCUCGUCUUGGGAUAAGGCACUUAUUUCCUUCUGAAUUAUAGCAAAGCUAGUAUCUGCUAAUUAACAAACUAUUUAAGGUUGCUUUUCCGGUUUGUGGAAAAAUGAUAAUAUUCAAACUGAAACAGCAGUAUUGUGUUUUUUUCUUUGUCUGAUUGUAAAACCACUCACUGAGGCUAUAGUUUGUCAGGUUUUAAGAUACUAAAUAUUUACCUCUUUGUGUCUGCAUAGUUCUUCACCUGAUGCAGGGAAGUGGUGCUUGGAUUUUAUUAAACAGAUCCUCGGUAUGCUUUUGUUAUUCCCCAUUUUAGACUAUCCUGAAACUGGUUUCUUUAGACCAGUAGCGUAAACCUCUUGCGCCACAUGAAGUGUUACAAAUUUACAUAAAAGAAAUCGCCAUUUGAGGACAAAGUUGACUUUUUCUCUCCACUCUGUAGCAAAUAUCAGUGAGAAUAUGCUUGCAAUAAUACACAACGUAUCACACUGAGUGCCUCUCGGUGUAACAAGAUGCAUACAUGGUUUUGAUUGUCAUUUUUUGUGGUUUUACAGACGUGUACUGAAGUGACGAUGUAUUUUGUACAUGAGGAUGAAUUCUCAACUCUCACAUGCUUCAAAUGUUUUUCAGAUUCUUUCUUUAUGUGACGUUAACCAUUUUCACAUGGGUUGAUGCGCUCGAUGUUAAAGGGUUUCAAUGUGUAGAUGGUCCGUUUAGAGUGUACAUGUCACCCCUUACCUCGUUUUUUGAGAAACGUAACUGGGAAGUUUGUUUCAUGUUGAUCUUGAAUGGUCAAAUAAAUGCUUGCAGACAGAAAAGUUCACCUUUCUUUGAUCAGGCAAAAACUAACAGGCAACCCACAUUUCUUCAAUUUCUAUUUGUUUUAUAUCAACUUUUUAUUUUUUUUUUAUUUAAUUGAGAUUUACUAAUGCAUUGUAUAUCAAGUAGUUGUAUGUAUUUGUAAAAGAGGCAUACAACACAUCUGGAUUUCUUUAAUGUUCCGUGUUCAAUGUGCACUCAGUCGGUUGGGGUAACUUAACAUGAAGGGUGGGUGGAACAGGGGUGGAUUCUUUUUCCAUACAAAAGCAGUGCAAAUUAUGGGAAAGCCGAAACUAGUGUGUGGUUGUCACACAUUUCUAAGUCACACGUUUGCUACUGAUGUUAAAAUGGGGACAGAUGAUCAUGUACCUUUUUAUCCAGCUCUUUUGAACUCUCUUUAGCAGGUAGUCUAUUCACAAACGUAGUUUUGCUCCUUCUUGUCUGAUUCUUAAAUAUGAAAAUAAGUAUUUUGAUUCAUUUUGUA